AUGCGGUGGACCCUGUGGGCUCUGGUGAGCGCUUGUCUGCUGGCGAGUCAGGUGGCAGCUUAUACGCGCGAUGCCGAUGGUGCCGAGCACUUUUCGCGCGAGGACCUCGCGGCGAUGCUCCCUGAGGAGCAGCGCCGCGACCUGCGCGCCGCGCUCAUUGCGGCCCGUAUGCGCACCGAUGCCGAGCGUGCGUUUACGCGCCGUUGGUCGCCGACCAAGACCUAUGCGCCGGCCAAGGUGCCGUGCCCCGCUCUGCCUCAAGGCGACAACUUUGUAGGCUACAUCCGCAACGCGUCGAACGACGCGAUCGGUCCCGAGGAGCAAGACUACUUGAAGCGCCACCGCGCCGCCACGCAGGACGGCUGGAAGGCCUGGCUGAAGCAGGCCGGCCUCGACGGCAACGGCGGCAUCCCGGGCGGUGUGGACCAGUACGUCUCGAACGGCAACCAGCCCAAGGUGGGUAUUGCGAUCAGCGGUGGUGGCUACCGUGCGAUGCUGCACGGUGUCGGUGUUGUCCAGGGUCUCGACGGCCGUAACAAGACGGCGACGGACCGCAAGAUCGGUGGCUUCUUCCAGCUCGUCGACUACGUCGCGGGCCUGUCGGGCGGCUCGUGGGCUACCGGCUCGAUGGCGCUCAACAACUGGCCGACGACGCAGGAGCUUUUGCAGCACAUCUUCGACCUCGAGUCGAACCUCGUGCUCCCUGAGGACGGCAAGACGAAGCUGUACGUCGACCUUUUCCGCGACGUCGACGACAAGAAGGACGCAGGGUACCCUACGGCGAUCACCGACUUUUGGGGCCGUGCGCUGUCCUACCACCUCGUGAACCAGUCAGCCUACCCCAGCCAGGGCCAGGCGACGACGUUCUCGGACAUUGUGAACGUGACGCGCUUCCAGGAUGCCUCCUAUCCCUUCCCGGUCGUCCUGACGAUUGGCCGUGACCCGAAGGAGCUGAUGGUGAACCCGAACGCGACCUACUUUGAGUUUACCCCGUACGAGUUCGGCUCGUGGCAGCCGUCGAUGCAGGCCUUUAUGCCGGUCGGCUACGUCGGCAGCCAGCUCAAGGGCGGCCAGAUCGCGUCGGACGACAAGACGUGCGUUUCGGGCUUCGAAAACUUUGGCUUUGUGGUGGGCUCGAGCAGCACGCUCUUCAACGCGGCCUACCUCAAGAUGCUCCAGUCGAACUCGACGAGCAUCACGGCCGGCAUCGUGAAGUCGAUCCUUUCCGACCUGAACCUGGAACACAACGACAUUGCGGGCGUGCCGAACCCGUUCAUCAACUACCGCCCUGAUACGAACGAGUUCAACACGCAGGAGUACAUCGACCUCGUCGACGGUGGUGAGGCGAACCAGAACAUUCCUUUGGAGCCGCUCUACCAGUCGGCGCGUGGCCUCGACAUGGUCAUGGCCGUCGACGGCUCGGGCGACGUGACCAACUGGCCGAACGGCACGGGCCUCGUCGAGACGCGCAAGCGCAUGAACCUCACCGAGUUCAAGUCGCAGAAGUUUGUCGAGGUGCCUGAUAUCAACACGAUUGUCAACCAGGGCCUCAACACGCGCCCGUCCUUCUUUGGCUGCAGCAACAGCUCCGAUGCGAACCAGGCGCCGCUGCUCGUGUACAUGCCGAGCUACCCCUACUCGUACUGGUCGAACACGUCGACCUUCCAGCUCGAGUACAACACGAGCGACGCACAGCAGUUUGUCGACAACAGUGUCGACGUCGCGACGAUGAAGGGCGAGAUGGCCGACUGGCCCGAGUGCCUGGCGUGCGCCUCGCUGCAGCGCGGUAUGCAGCGCAGCAAGACGACCUUCCCCGACAAGUGCAAGCAGUGCUUCUCGCGCUACUGCUGGAACGGCGAGUACAACACCACCCAGCCCGGCAACUACACGCCCGCCAUCGGCCUGCCCGACUUUGUGACGUCCAACGGCACGAAGCUCGUCGAGCCCAAGGUGACCGGCGCCAACGAGUCGAGCCAGGGCCUCGGUGAUAUCUUUGGCGAGCGCGGCCCCCCGAGCGGCGCCGCGGGCCUCGUGGCCUACACGCCGUACGCAGUCGCAACGGUGAUGGCCGCGGUGGCGACGGCCCUGCUUUAG